UAGGCAGACAGGGGAGGAACCAAGUGUCUGAGAUCGGACGGAUCUUGUUAAUAUAGAGCCUUGUAAGUUCCUCCAACCUCCCUUGUAUUUGGAUCCGAAGAAGCCUGUCCACACCUACCCAUUAACCCACUCAAAUCUCAUGUCUCCCACCCAACAACGCCCCUUUUUUCAUCAUAAUCAUUCAUUUUCUCACUCUUGCUGACUUUCCUUGCUUUUUCAGGAAUAUAAGUGUGGGAUUGGAAGGAAUUUGCAUCAUGUUUAAGUCGCCUAGCAGAAACCAGAGAUCCAAAGGUUUCAAGGUAAAGCAUAUUCUGCAGAUUUGCCUGUUACUUGCUGUUUGCUUCUGGUUGAUCUACCAAGUGAAGCACUCCCAUGAUAAGAAGAAAGAGUUUGAUGCAAAUGAUGCAAAAAUCUCAUCAAACACGCAAGGUGGCAAUGAACUUCUGAAAUUUGGAAGGAAGGAUCUCCAUCCUCGGGUGGAUGGAGAAGCAAAGAAUGAAAAACAUGGGGAAGAAGAAACUGAAGAAGAGGAUGAAGCUGGAGGAGUAGAGGAAGAAGAAAGCAAGCAUGAUGAAGAGCAAGAAGAAGAAGAAAGCAAGCAUGAUGAAGAGCAAGAAGAAGAAGAAAGCAAGGUUGAUGAGAGAGAAGAUGAAGGAAGAGGGGGUGGAGAUGAUGAGAUAGAUGAAAAUGAUCAAGAGAGAGCUGAAGGAGAAUCUGAUCAUGAUGAAGAGGUAUUAGAUGAGGAAAAAGAGAGAGAAGAGGAGGGCGAUGAGAAGGAAAGUGGGGAGAAAGAGAGUGAAGAGAAAGAUGACCUAUCUGAGAAUGAGAAGGAAAUGGAUGAUCAGGAUCAUGAUGGUGGUAGCAGGAAUGCUCAUGAGGCACGAGAAGAACAUUACAAAGCCGAUGAUGCAUCUAGUGCUGUGGCCCAUGAUACUCAAACUAAUGGUGGUGAAGCUGAUAAAAUGGAAGACUUUGAUGAGAACACUCUAGAGCAGGAGACCAAACCCAACAACAAUGAGCUCAGUAGCGAGCACAAGAAUUCAAAGGCAGAAGAAGUUGAAUUGGCUGAAAAUGAAGCUUCUUCAAAUGUGACAGACAGCCAAGGAAAGGGUACUGAGAUUAAUUCACCCAAAUCUGAGAAUAGCUCACUUCAAAAUCCCCCAAUAACAACAGAAUCCAAUGAUCAACCAGAGAUCAGCAAUAAAAACUCAUCAGAGGUUAGCAAUAAAGACUCAUCAGAGGUCAGCAAUAACGACUCAUCAGAACUGAGUACCAAAUCUUCUGAUUCAGAUCCAAAGAAUGGAAUUGAAACUGUCUUAGAUCCUAUUCAAGCUCAAAAUGCAACAGGGGAGGGCAUAAAUACUGAACAAGGCGCCGACACGCAACAUGUUGUACUGAAACAGACUAUCGACUCUACCAUAGUGACAGGUAAGAAUCAAUCUGGUUCUGAACCUGAGAAUGCUGGAGCAACCACAGGAGAAUCUUCAAAUUCCAUAAGCUCCAAUGCAACUUCUGAAGCAGAACACAACCCUGAGUUGUUGAUACCAAAAGAGAAUACUGAUGCCAUUCAGAAUGAGAAGCCUGACACCAGCAAUGGAUCAGGGGAGACAGAUGAAAGCUCAGCAUCCUCCUCCACAAAUGGGAGUGGAGACUCAAUUCAACAGGACCCAAUUGAUGUUUCUGAUUCUUCCAUCCCUCAAGAAGAAAAGGAGUCUCCACCCACGGAUUUGGAUAAGACGUUUGAUAUUAGAACAGACGCAAGUGACAAGGAAGGUGCUGCAACAGAAUGAUGGUUCUAAUUAGACGGUUGUUGGAUUCUUAAUGAAUGCUCCUAAGUUGUAAUUUUUGUUUUGUCCCACAGUUUGAUCCACAAGCUUGUAAUGUCACAAGUGUCUCUGGUAGACUGAAAUAUCAAUCAAUCUCUAAAGAACAGAGUCUCUACUUUGCAGGCGAAAUGUAGGCAUCAAAAAGGUUUUAGUAUGUACAAUCCACUCCAACUUCCUCCCAUGACAUCUUCCAUCUUUUUUAGGCGCCAUGGUUGGUUUAUUUAUGAGGAAAAACAGAUUUGAAGUGGUUAUGGUAUUAAUGCUACUGAACAUUUUGUCA